UAGGAGCUGUAUUUGGUAGGUGUUGCUGUGAAUUCCAAAAAAUACUCUGCCGUGUGUUGUGGUUGUUCCCGGCAGUACGAGCUGGUUGAGAAUACAAAGCACUUCAAAGGGGGGUUCAGAGGGAUGUUUCUUUGUUAAGACAAAAUGCAGGUACUCUGUGACCUCAAAACUGGGAAAACGUCAUCCAUGGAGUAGAAAAAAGGAAGUGCUCCCGUGUGUAGUAAAAUGAGGAAUAACUCUACAACUGCUUCCUAUAGGCCCUGACAAAGCACUAAUAAUUUAAAGGCUUAAAACUGCCCGGGAGUUUGACCUGCUUAUGUUAAAUUCUUUUUCUGGAUGCUUUUCUAGAGGAGUCCCUCUCUUUUCCCUGAUGGAGACUAAUCUUCAGGGAUUAAAGUUUGCUCCGUUCCAUUUCUAAACAUGGGACCCUGAGAGACAGCAGUGUUAGUGCUGAAACGGAGCAGAGGUGUUCCUGAUCUCAGAGGUGAAAAACACACUCGGGAUAAAAAAAUGUAUCUUUCUCUUUAUUAGGUUUUUGGGGAGUGUCUUCCUGUCUCUUCCUUCCCCCCCGGGCAGAAAGGAAUUCAGGAUGAUGGGAUUACCCUGUGAUAAAGCUGACCCAUUGUGCUGCCUUUCAGCAUUUUCUUUAUCUCAUUUCCAGGGAAGGAACUCCCUCUCUUUCCCAUAAGGCUGUCCCUGUCCUUUUGAUGGGUUUAUACAGGAUUUCCUGCUGAGUCAAUAGAGGAGGAGUGCAGGGAGAUAGCAGCCGGGAUUCCAGGGAGCCAGAGGAGGUUGCAGCCCGGCGGAGGCAGAGCAGCGCUGCCUUUUGACUUAUCCCCUGGAGCCCUCCACCCACUCCCUCCAUGUCCACAGCUAGCAAGCGUUUGUCUCACCAUGAGUUCUGAAUUAAACGUCCCAGUGGAUCCCUCCACCCCUGCUUGCUGCUCUGAGCCUGGCACGAAGGGCAUGGAUUACCGGGACUGGGUCCGGCGCAGCUACCUGGAAUUGGUCACGUCAAACCACCACUCUGUUCAAGCCCUUUCCUGGAGAAAAUUGUACCUGAGCCGAGCCAAACUGAAAGCUUCCAGCAGAACCUCUGCUCUGCUCUCUGGAUUUGCCAUGGUUGCCAUGGUGGAGGUGCAGCUGGAGGUGCAGUACAAGUACCCCCAGAUGCUGCUGAUCGCCUUCAGUGCCUGCACGACGGUGCUCGUGGCGGUUCAUCUCUUCGCCCUGCUCAUCAGCACCUGCAUUCUGCCCAACGUGGAGGCAGUGAGCAACAUCCACAACCUGAACUCCAUCAGCGAGUCCCCCCACGAGCGCAUGCACCCCUACAUCGAGCUGGCCUGGGGCUUCUCCACCGUCCUGGGAAUCCUCCUGUUCCUCGCGGAGGUCGUGCUGCUGUGCUGGAUAAAAUUCCUGCCUGUGGGCUCCAUCCUGAAGAACGAGACCACCAACGUGGAGAAGCCCAGCAGCCACGCGGGGUGGCAAUCAGCACUGGUCUCCACCAUCAUCAUGGUCCCCGUGGGUCUGAUUUUUGUCGUCUUCACCAUUCACUUCUACCGCUCCUUGGUGCGGCACAAAACGGAGCGGCACAACCGGGAGAUCGAGGAGCUCCACAAACUCAAAGUGCAGUUAGAUGGGCAUGACAGAGGCAUGCAGGUGGUGUGACAGAGCCUGCACGCCGCCUCAGCUGGGGCUGAGGGCAAAACACCCGGUUUGCUACUUGGUGGGACGCACCAGUGAUGGAUUGUCUUGAGGCUUCAAUAUGUAAAUGCUAAUUGCCUGCCAUUUCUAGCUGUGGGUUCUAAUGCUGUUUCACAUGCUGGGGUCUCUGGCCUGAUUCUGGUCCUACACACUUGGUACUUGAGUUGACACUGCCGUGGAGUUCAAGGUCAAAACUUUACCUUAACAUUGGUUCAGAUAGCCAAAAAUCUGUAUUUUUUACAAAUGCAAUAUUCUGUUGCCAAAAGUAAAACUGCAUCAGCUUCCAAACAGCCAGUGUGUGUGUGUGUGUGUAGGACCUGUCUUACAUGUCAGAACUCCCUGGCUGUCAGUGCAGCCACGAUUAACUGGCUGCUCAUUUCUAGAGCAGAGCUGGUUAACGUGGGUACCUGCAGCUGACUCAAGGACAUCCAGGAAAGCACAACAGAAACUGAAAGUGUUGAUCACCAUUGUUCCAAAGCAAGUAUUCCAUAAAUACAUAACCAGAAAGAAAUCAGCCUUAGCUUUUUUUGUUCUUUUCUUGCUAUUCUUUACUAUGUUUUUACGGCUGGGGAUGUAGAACUUUGAAUUGCAGGAGGCUGGGAAGUUCUCUCGUACUUUCUUCAGCAGCGUCUGUCACUUUAGAUCGAAUGAGUGCCAAGAUCAUGUGUUUUUUCCCAAGAAGAGGCAAGAGUGCCCAGGGAAGGCUUACAGGUGUUUUAGUUUUAACAAGGACAUUCUUAAAACAGAACAGUGCCGGGGAAUUUAAUGAGACAAAACUUUGAAGGACUAGCAAAGCGAGUUUCAAGGAGGUAAGGAGUGACAGCAGAUAUCGGACGAAUCUGUUGCUGUGUCUUCUUCAUUCACAUGUUGCUGCGAUGCCUUUUGCCUGUUUUGCUGGAGAGAACAAGCCCAGUCCCGUGUAUCCCAUCAUUUAGCUUUUUUCAAUUGGCUGUAGCAUUUUUCUGUCAGAAAUGAAUGCUUCCUUCUCCCUCCACCAAAGCAGGCAGCUCCUCUGGUGGAACCUGGAGCUUGUGCUGGCGAGCCCGAUGGAGCUGGAUCCGGCAGGAAUGCUGUGUGCCAUUAAAGAGCUAUCCAUUUCCCUUGAGCUCAUUUCUUUUUUCAGCAGCUGAGACAGUGACACUUGCAUGUCUGUGUUGUGCUUAGCAAGGGAAGCCUGUAAAUUCUGUAGCAUCCUUGUGGGUGAAAAACUUCUGAAAAAAAA